AUGCCUCGCAAAGCAGUCUACGGCAAGCCGUCACAUCUAUACUCCAGCUUCAGUAGCUUUCAAAGUCCUGUCAAGCAACGAAAAAGGAACCGANCUUCAUUUGAGGUCAUCGAAGUUGCCGAAGAGCUUUCACGGCUGACGGUCCAAACAAAAUUCCCGACCAAUGAUCAUAAUGAUGAUGAAAUCAUUUGUGCGCGUGAGGCGCUCUGCGAGAGAAUCGCAAACACCGAGAGACCUGUCAAACUGUCUCGCCAAAGGACAACGAGCAGCGAAUCUGUGACCAGUACUGGAUCCAUCUCACCAAGAGACCGAAAGACGAAAAAUGGAAAACCCAAGAAGAGUCAGUCAGAAAAGCGACCAAGAAACAACAUUCGCGAAGAGCCACAGCUUACAUCCUCGGACAUGUUGACCGAACCUGCUGCAGAGGAGCACCAAACAGCUGAAGUCGCACCACCGUCUGAGGAGGCAGAACCAACACAAGUACAUUCUAUCGAAGCUGACUUGGCCGCUCUGGAAAUAUCAACACCACGCAUCUCCAACGUCUUCACCAAACACGCCGCAUCACUAUUAUCGCUCUCUUCUCAGGAUCUGACCUCGUUUUCUGCCUGGUCCGACCAACUAUCUUCGCAUUUUGCAGUUACCAAAAUCGCCGAAGCAUCUUUCGGUGAAGUCUACCGUCUCUCGCUCCUCAAAGCGCAUUCAGCCUUGAGUAAGACGGACGAGUCGGUACUUAAGAUUAUUGCUCUUAAGCCUCCAACAUCCACCAAAAGGAAGAUGACCAAGGCUGCUAAGAAGAGAACCGAGAUGAUGAGCGAUCCCGAAGAUGUUGCUGCCGAAGUCCGCCUCAUGCAGCGUAUGACAUGCACACCUGGUUUUACCAACUUCCGUGAAAUUUGUGUGCUACAAGGUCGUCCUGGAGAUGCUUUUGCGGCAGCUUGGUCGUCAUGGAACGAUUCUCAAGAGGCCAAGGGCAAGGAGGUUAGCGUGUUCCCUGACCCUAGCAAGAAAGCGAGUUACUCUGAAGAUCAGCUGUGGGCUGUCAUCGAGAUGCAAGACGCCGGCACUGAUCUCGAGAACACGAAAGUCGCAAACGUUUGGCUUGCUUGGGACAUCUUCUGGGGAGUUGUGCUAGCAUUAGGCAAAGGAGAGGAGGCGGCCAGAUUUGAGCACAGAGAUUUGCACAUGGGUAACAUUUGUGUAUCUGGUCUCAAUAAUGCUGCACAUCGUGGUGAAGCAGACUAUGUUCCAGCAAGCUCAAGCAAGAAGCUCGACUUCACUGGCAUCGAAACAACGCUCAUCGAUUACACCAUCUCGCGAGCAGAAAUGGGCAUCACGGAAGACGAUGAGGAUGUUGCCUACCUCGACCUCGAAAGAGAUCUCUCUCUUUUUGAAGGUGAUGCCGAGGAGGAGUACCAGUAUGAGAUGUACCGAUACAUGCGUUCUGCUAUGUAUCUGGGCGAGCCUCUGGGUGAUCUUUGGGAGAGAUGGGAUGAGGCUGAAGAGUCUGGAAGAACUUGGAAAGGAUAUCACCCGCAGACAAAUCUCGUGUGGCUACACUUUGUACUGCACAAGCUUGCUGAGCAGAUCGAAUGGCCCAGCUCGGGUAAUUGCAUUCAGGACGAGGAAGCAGCGCAAAGGGCAGUAGAGCUUGAGGCAGCGCUACUCAAAGUGAAUCAGCUACUGGAUCCCGAGGAGAUGCCCAAGACUGGGCUCGGAUGCGCCAGUGAUCUGGUCGUUCUCGCUCUUGACGAAGGGUGGCUGGAGAAGGAGGACGUUCAAGGCAGGGAAGCUGGGUCAACGACAAAAACGACAAAGCGCAAAGCAAAGACCACACGGUCGAGGAGAAAGCAGUGA